CCUCUCUCCAGACGCUUCUCUCUUCCCCUUUUCUCUCCCUCUUCUCCUGCCCUCUCCGUCCCCGUACCACCAAACCUGUCUUAGCAGCACCCAGUAACAGCAACACGACGAGAACGCGUAAACGAGGGAGAGCCUCCCGCGAUUACGAAGAGCACAGGCACGCCGAAGCAGCGAAGCGCCGAGGAAGGAAGGGAGCAACAGCCAUGGGGCUCGACUACUACAAGAUCCUGGGCGUCGACAAGGGCGCCACCGACGACGACCUCAAGAAGGCCUACCGCAAGCUCGCCAUGAAGUGGCACCCCGACAAGAACCCCAACAACAAGAAGGAGGCCGAGAACAAGUUCAAGCAGAUCUCGGAAGCAUACGAGGUCCUGAGCGACCCUCAGAAGCGCGCGGUGUACGACCAGUACGGCGAGGAGGGGCUGAAGGGGCAGGUGCCGCCGCCUGGCGCCGGCGGGGCGGGCCCCGGGGGUGCCACCUUCUUCUCCACGGGCGGCGACGGGCCGACGAUGUUCCGGUUCAACCCGCGCAACGCUGAGGACAUCUUCGCGGAGUUCUUCGGCGGGUCCAGCCCCUUCGGCGGCAUGGGCGGCGGCGGCGGAAUGGGGGGAGGAAUGCCCGGCAUGCGGACCGGUGGGACGAGGUUCUCCUCGUCCAUCUUUGGGGACGAUAUAUUCGGCUCGGCGUUCGGCGGCGGCCCCGACGGGCACGGCAUGCACACCGGCGGGCGGGCGGUGAAGGCGCCCGCGAUCGAGCGAAAGCUACCGUGCAGCCUCGAGGAGCUGUACAAGGGCACCACCAAGAAGAUGAAGAUUUCCAGGGAAAUCGCUGAUGCCAGUGGGAAGACGAUCCCGGUCGAGGAGAUCCUGACGAUCGACGUGAAGCCCGGGUGGAAGAAGGGCACCAAGAUCACGUUCCCGGAGAAGGGCAACGAGACGCCCAACACGAUCCCGGCCGACCUCGUCUUCAUCAUCGACGAGAAGCCGCACCCGGUGUUCACCCGCGACGGCAACGACCUGGUGGUGACGCAGAAGAUCCCGCUGGCCGAGGCCCUAACGGGGUACACCGCGCACCUGACGACGCUGGACGGGCGCAGCCUGACGGUGCCCAUCACCUCCGUGAUCCACCCGGGGUACGAGGAGGUGGUGCGCGGCGAGGGCAUGCCGAUCCCCAAGGACCCGUCGAGGAAGGGCAACCUCCGGAUCAAGUUCGACAUCAAGUUCCCGUCGAGGCUCACGGCCGACCAGAAGUCCGGCGUCAAGAGGCUGCUCGGGCAGUAGAGAGCGAGCGAGCGGUUGCGCAGAGGCGGUGCUCUGUUCUGUGUCAAGACUUAUUCGUUUUGGUUGGACUGGAGACGGUGCGCAGCGCAGGGACGGGUUGAGGGUGCAUAGGAUUCCUUGUACAAUCUUCCAGAUUGGUGUUUGUUGACUGGUCCAUGUCGUGGCGACUUGCAAUGGUGGGACGGAAUAAUCGUUGAGCACAUAGAUUAUAUGUACCUGCUGCAAGAGUUGGUUGGAAUGGUAAUAGUAGUAUGUUAAGCGGUAUGGGAA